AUGGGCAGAUAUCGAAGAGAAUCUCUCAAGAUUCGGUAUUAUAAGCUAAUGCUACCAGAUGAUCAUCGUUCAGUUUUUUCUGAGAUUAAUACCAAGCUGCUGGUUAUGGGUUUAUAUCUCUUAGUGGCCUUCAUUUUAUUUAAUCCAAUUUAUGGCUGGGGUGAAUAUUCAGAAUAUAAAGGAUUCUUCCAAAUGAAUGUUCACAUGACAAGACUGAUGUCCAAUAAUUCCACGGGAGAAGUAGAAUGUGGCGACUCGAAUUUCACUCAGUAUAUAUACCCCGGGGAUAUCAAUUCAACAAAAGACCUUCCUAAUAUCAUAACAUCAAAUCUAAAAUCAUCAUAUCAUUUCUACACUAGAAUGGUGCUAUCUUCGCCGGAACUAUUAGUUAUAUCGUUAAGGACGUCCGAGAGAGAGACCUUAGAUUCUUUAUUACGAUCGACCACCGAUGGGGCUUUAGGGACAGUGCUACUCCCCGAUUUCUCUAAUUGUGAUAUGGAAAGUUAUAUGUGUUUAAGUUUUGUGAUAAAUGAGACAGUGAUUGAAGGAUAUAAAAAUAUUUUUGUUCCAUUUCAAGAUUCACCUUUGUUAAUUCUGCGACCACAGUCAGCCAAAUAUUGA